UUCUUAACUUAAUAAAAAAACAUCGCUCUCGUUCUUCAUUAACAUUAAAUAAAAAAUGUUGUUUAAAAUAAGUUUGUUUUCAGUUCUAUUUACUUCGUUAUUAGUUGUAAAUUACACAAAAAUACAAGAUGAAGCCGAACGAUUUUUUACUAUUGAUGAAAAUGGCAACCUUUUAGAAGCAAAAGAGACCGUGUAUUUUACGGAAAACUAUAAGAUAUUAACGCCGCCAAAGCAAAAUAUGGGAUCUUCUUUAAUCAUUCAUAGAAAUCCAUCAAAUAAAAUUGAGAACAAUUCAGAAGCAAGUAAUAAGAGUAUAGUUCAAAAUUUUGAUUUAACAAAAACUUUUGCAGAACUCAAUUCUUUUAAUGAAACAAAAGGGAAAAAGGUAUUGCAUAAAAACAUUAUUGCAGUCCACCUGAUCAAAAACUCAUUAAAUAAAAAGUUAAACGAGAAAAAAACAAACUUUGAAUACUCAAAGACAUUUUUACCGUCCAAUAAACCAAAUUCUGUAAAUGUUGUGCACUUACAAAAGGCAAAAAUAACGUCGAACAGUAAAAACGUUUAUAAUCCAAUAACAAGUUUAAAACCAAUAACUUCCGUGGAACUUAAUUUAAAAGAGACUUCAACGAAUCUUUCACAAAACUCUCAGAGAGCAAUAAAAGCAUCAUCGACAAAUAACGCAAAUAAAGUAUUUGAAGAAGAAAUCACCAAAAAUAUUUUAAACAAAACAAAAGUAGAACCGAAAGCUUCUAAAUUAAACGAAACAAAAAAAAACUAUUUUGAAGAUAAAAAAAACAACAUCAAUGCAAAAAAUAUGCUUACUAACUCUACAAUGAAAGGAUACCUUUCAAAAAAUAGCAAUUUUACAAUUAGUAAAAUUGGAAUUUUCUAUAACGACGAGGAAAAAGAAAGCAACUUGUCCUAUUCUAAAAGAAAACUUGGCGAAAAUUGGAAACUUUUAAAUUCAAAUAAUUUACCUAAUUCCUAUUUAUUACCAAACCAAAAACAUGUUUACACAAACCAAACAUUGAUCAACUCAUCAAAAAUUGAUUUUUCUCAUGAAAAUGUCUUUCUUAAACCCCACUCAUUGCAUUUAGCUGAUACGACUGAGUUUGUCAAACUUAUUUCUGACCAACCCGGUUUCGAAAAAUUUACCGAUUUAAAAGCGUUAAAAAAAACCAAUAUAGUUGAAUGCACUUCAAGCUCAAUGUGUCCGAUUAAUAAAUAUUGUUCAAACUUACUAUGUUAUGAUUGUCAAAAAACAACUCACGCGUGCGUAGAAGAUGAGCACUGCUGUAAGGGACUAUCUUGUAUUUACGGAAGGUGCGAUAACAAAGAAAAGGGCACUCCAGGUUCAAUAUGCGAAAAAGACACUGAUUGUAACGGUGACUCUUGCUGUGUGAUUGAACCAACUAUUUACGAGAACCACGGAACAUGCAAAAGAAAACUUGAAGAAUUUCAUCAAUGUGCACCAGUACUGUUUAGAAAAGUUUGGAUUGAGGAAGAAAAACCAAAAUGCGGACCUUGCAAAGAUGGACUAAAAUGUAUCGAGAAAGGGUUUAACGACUCUCUAAGGAAUGUUAAAGUCUUAACGCAAGUCAAAUGUCAAGUCUACCGUCAAAAAAGAAAACAAAGCCAAGACUUAUAGUUACAUGCUUACGUCUCUCACCUAUACCGUGCAAAUUGACGAAGAGAAUUAUUAUAGAUAAGAUUAUAAAACAUUGUGCACAAUCUAAUAUCAAAGUCGCAAAAUAGAUUUGUUCAUCACAAACAGAUUUUUACAUUACAAAAUGGAUUUGUACAUCACAAAGGCUGCCUUUCAACUGAUUGAAUUCCGUAUAUUUUAAUGGAAGUAAUUUACCAUGGAUACCUAGUUAAACAAUUUUCUAUUGACUUUAGCAAAGUAUUUAACACAUUGUCACUCAACGAAUUCUAAAAUUAACUUGAUCAGAGGAUGGCUAGCUAAUAGAAAUCCGAGUGGAUUAGGGUGACAAGUGGCGUCCCUCAAGGAUCAGUUUUUACACUUCAAGAAGCGCAAAGUAAUGCAAAUUGAUUGUCGAAAAAGCUAAUUAAUAAUGAAAUGGCUAAUAAUGAAAUGGCUAAUUAAAUGCUUGGUUGUCUCAAGAAGAUAUUUUAAUUUUGGAGCUUUUUAGUUAUGGAAAACACAUCCAUACAACGUAAAAAAGAAAGUACAUCUUUUCAUUUUUACGCUUUCUC